AUGGCCAUCUCUAGAAUUGGGAAGCUUGUGUGCUUUGUUGUGGCAUUAAUGGUGGUGACUGCACCCUAUGCAGAAGCUACCAUGACAUGCUCAGAGGUAGACACCAAGCUGUCAGCCUGCCUCGACUACCUACGCAAGGGUAGUUCUAUCUCUUCUUCUUGCUGUAAUGGUGUGAAGGGUCUUAACUCUGCUGCUAAUACCACCACCGAUCGUCAAACUACUUGUAGAUGCCUCAAGACACUCUACAGUUCCAUUUCUGGUAUCAAUCUCAGUUAUGCUGCUAAACUCCCUAGUGCUUGUGGUGUCAACCUCCAUUACAAGAUCAGCACCUCCACUGACUGCUCCAAGGUGAAGUGAAACUGAGAUGUGA